UCUAUCAUCAUCACUGCGAGCAUCCCACACAUUGACGUGACCUAUACCCUGUCCGUCUCGUUCCAUGACUGGCCAACCGUUCUACCGCCAUUGUUCCCUGCAUUUCCCCUGAUUCGGCGCGCCGCAGACACGCGGUAGGCAGGAUUCAAUAAUUCAUGGCCGCCGUACCGCCGCUAAUUUGCGUCAUAAUCCCGUAAACGACCCGGCCUCGCCCUGACAAGGGUGACAGUCCUUAAACCGACCGUCUGGUGGAUCCAAAGGAGUCGUACCGCCGCCAUGGGUCUCUCGCAGUCGAAGAAGUUCAACCCUGCUAACCUGCCAGACCUAACGGGCAAAGUAAUCGUCAUCACUGGCGGCGCAGCAGGCCUGGGAUUCGCGAUAACCCAGCACCUUGUCCGCAAAGGUGCCAAAAUCUACAUCGCAGCGCGUGCCAUCGACCGUGCGGAGGAUGCUAUCAAGAGGCUCAAGGCGGCGGGCCUCGGUCCGGGCAAUGGACAACUCGAGAGCUUGGAGCUUGACUUGAUUGACCCGCAUACCGUGAAGCGGGCGGCGGAGGAGUUCAUGCGCAGGGAGAGCCGGUUGGAUGUGCUGAGUGAGUUGCGCUGUGUCUCGAAACGUGCCUUCAUGAUGUGCCCGUAUCAGAAGACAAACCACGGUAUUCAGGAUGUCGUGAUGAUCAACCACAUCGGACAUUUUGUCUUCAUCAAAACACUCCUGCCCAUCCUGAAGAACACCGCGAGCGAACCUAAUAGCGAUGUCCGCAUAGUGGUUGUAUCCUCUGAUGGCUACGAGGCGGUUCGACACCCUGUCAAGUUUGAGACUAUCGAGGACUUUAAUCUGGAGUACAAAGACGCUGUCUUCCCCUGGCCGUCGUUGCAGCGAUACUGCUAUAGCAAGCUACUUGUCUGCAUGCAGGUCGCAGAACUGCAGCGACGACUGGACGCAGAGGGCGUCCCAUCAUUAUUUAUGGUGGCGACACCUGUCACUGAUCCUGCACCCACAGAUGGCGCACAGAAUUGGCUCGCCACUCUCGGUACCGGCUUCCUCGCGACCCUCGCGACUUGGAUCGUCAGCCUCUUCUUCACUCUCCCCACAAUAGCCGCGUACGGCACCGUUUUCGCUUCGGCCGCGCCGGAAGUGCGCGCCGAACCUAGAAAGUAUCGUUCUGCAUACAUCACGCCGCCUACGAAGAACACUGGGCUGAACGAAAAGGCGCGGGAUCCGGUGGCGGCCAGGGAGUUGUGGGAGUUGACGGAGAGAACGCUGAAGGACAUCGGCGUGUAGUGCCGCUUCUAAACGUGUGUAUCUUGUGUGCUCGUGCAAAACCAGCCUUCUGGAGCCGUGCCCACAAUGCUGUGCCUAUCUACGUACAUAUUCAAUAGUGUCAAUAUAACUGGGUAGGAGGAGGAGGAGGAGGAGGAGGGGAUUCCAUUUAGUCCUCACGUAUAACUGUGGCUUCCAGCCUUUGAAAUCCACGCCAAAUAGUCCUCGACUUCAUCG